GAUUGCUCCAUAGUGGCUAGUGAAAGUGACUUGCAUUAGAUACUCAGAUGCUGACUUCUAGGUAUUGGAUAGUGUUAUCUAGCUUGGUGAUUUUCAAACCAAAAGACAUUAUUUAUGUAGUUCCCUGGAUCAUAUUUUAUCACUUGCCAACUAUCAAGGAGUAAUCUAGUAUGAUAUUUCCUGCUGAAGAAAACGGUUCUUUGGGAUUUUUCUAUUAAGGUGUUUUUUAUAAUCUAAAUGAUUAUAUAGAAUAUACCGAGUGGAAUAUUUUCUUGAGUUGAGGUUUUUAACACCUUUUUUGUGAUCCCUGUCUUACUGCCUUUUGAGCAACUGGACUCUUGUUGACCAUCUACUUCUUUGAAGAGUGCAAUGAGAGAAAUAAGGAAUGACUCGAAAUGAAGCAGUUACAUCUAUCUUCAUCACACACUAACCUCAGUGAGGAUCGGGCCAUUGUUAUCAUCAUGCAAGAAUCAACAGUCACACCAACGUCUCAUCUCCUUCCUAGCAAUAGCACCAGUCAGGAUAUUCCAACUACACUUUUCACAGAGAGUGAAGAUUCUGAGUGGAGCUUCCAGUCUUACAUCGCCCUGGGCAUCAUCUUUGUCCUCAUGACCAUAACCUUCAUUGGAAACAUCCUCAUAAUCGUUUCAGUUGCCAAGUUCAAGAGGUUGCAGAUACCACCCAACUACAUCUUGGUGAACCUUGCAGUGGCUGAUCUAGGCGUGGCUAUCAUGACCCUUCUCCUCUUUGCAUUCAACUUCUUGAGCGAGACAGGAGGGGUACUUUGUUUGUUGCCAUACUGCUUCAUGUCACUCUUCAGUGGUGUCUCUGUGCUCAGUCUCAGCAUCAUCGCCUACGACCGCUACUCUGCUCUGGUUGAGCCUCUGAAGUACUCUGCACGCAUUACAUCGUUCCAUAUUGCAGUAAUCUGCCUUGUGGUAUGGAUCUAUGUUACUAUCAUAUCUGUUAUCCCUAUGAUUGGAUGGGUCAUUCCUUUACCAGGGACCAGUAUGGACAUGCUCUGCUCACUCAACUUCUACCACAACUACACCUCCCUUGCUCAGGUCAUAGCCAUCUUCUUACCUGCUUUGGUGUGUAUGUUUUUUUGCUACUGCCGUGUAAUGCUUGUUGCUAGACACCACACCAGGGCUAUUUCAGCCGUCCAGUUCUCUCUGUUCCCUGGUGCCAUUAAAAACUAUAACACUUUUAAAGGAAGCAAGUACUGGAAGACACUUGCUCUCAUCCUAGGUGUAUUUACUUUAACAUGGGGUACGUUCAUCACUACAGUCAUAGUUGAAGUCUUCUGCAAAGCAUGUGCUCAAUUCCUGACCAUGCACAACUACUCAGGAUUAUUGCUUUUACUGAAUAGUUGUCUCAAUCCAUGGAUCUACGCGUUCCGCAAUCAGGACUUCCGAGCAGCAUUCAGGCGAAUUUUAAGGUGCUUUUGGAGGCCAUGCAAAAAGGGAUCAAAGCGGUCCAACUCGAGUUCAGUCAAUGAGCGAAGGAACUCACGCAUGUCUGUUGCAUUGAGCAGGACAAACAGUCUCUGUGGAAAUCUUCAGACACUUCAAAUGCUCUAUGAACAAGAAAUGGCUCUCAAAAACAAUAAUCAGCCAAACUUUAAAGAUGGUGAAGUAGAAACCAGACACACCUCCAUUGGAAAUAGCAAGACCUCCGUUGAGAAAGAGGAGGUGACUGAACCACAUGUUCCUUCCAGAGAAGACCAAGUUUCGCCCAGAGAACCAAUGCAAAUUCAAGAAGCUUAAACUCUUUAUUGAGUGAUCAAUGGUCUUCAGAUCAUUAGAAAAAUGAAAUAAUGCAAACUGUCCAGAGCAAAGAAAAUUUGUCCAUUAAUUUUUUCAUGUUCAGUACUUGGUUUGUAAUGCCAUUUUUUUUCUUCAGAGAAAGGUACAUGUUACCAUAAAAAUAUUAAAUUUGUAAUUUACCCAUAGAAUAUUCAUUCACAGGUUUGCAAUUGUGGAUAUUGUAUUACUUGGAAGACAGAUUCAAUUUAGGAUCUUAUCCUAUUCUGCAAAGAAAUUUGCUGAUAUUCCUGUUAUGGAUUUAAUGAAGCAACCUGAAAGAAUUAAAAGGAACAUAUGUUUAUUUUUUGAAAGUACAGUUCCGGUCUGAGAAAGUUAAUUACUCGGGCGAAUUUACAGUGUAAAGAACAGAUUGGGUUGAAACAUUGAAAGGGGAUUUGAGAGAUGUUGCGUUCUGAAAAGUAAAUUAAUGAAAUAAAAAGAAAUUGAAUUGAAUAUUUUGCACUAUGGUUUGAAUGGCACCUUGCCUUUGUAUGAAUGCUUUAUUUAAGGUUUGACAGAAGAAAAAAAUGGUCAAAUGUAUAGCUGAUUGAGGUUAAUGGAAGACUUCUGACAUGGUGCUAAUUUGCAUGUAGGAGAUACAUGUACUGUAUUUUCUAGUAAGACUAGAUUUUAGGUGACUAGAAUGUUCUUAUCACAUGACUUCAUGGAGACUGAUUGAUUUGUAGCAAGAUAUGGAAUAUGUUUGUGCAAUCUUGUUUUUCAUAUGUGUGUACCAAAGAGAUCAUGUCUGAAUUGCUAGGGAAAAUUGAUUUACUUAACAGUUGUCUACCUUUGUUCUAUGAUGUGAUGUCAUGCAUUAUCUUCUCUAUGUGUGUACGUACCUUUACCAA